AGCUGUAUAAAUUAAUUGAGAACUUUCCGUAACGCAACAGCUGUAUCAGCUGUUUAUCCGCCAUUUAGUUCCAUCGACUGAAUAAACACCGAAAUUCAGUCUGUACAAAGUAUAGUAGAUAAAAAUAGAACAAAGGAAUGCGCCUCGAUGUUCUCGUAAGGCAGCGGAAACAAGUACGAAGUAUUCAUAUUGCGUCUGUGGCGGAUUGGUGUAGUUUGUAUAUAAAUUUCAAAGGUAGUAGUAGGGUAUCAGAUGGAGGUUAGUGUAAUAUUUGUGUGAUUGUGCUUUGCAUGUUUAGCGUGUAUUUAGACCGAUCUGGAGGAAAAUCGAAAGGAAAUCUGCAGUUUUUUCCUUGGAACACGAAAGGGAUAAGAGUAGCAGCUGUCAGAUUGCUGGAUUCAUGAUAAAACUAUGAGCGGCGGUGGCGGUUCUCUGGAUGGGGCGAGGAUAGCUGGAGGCAAGCUUCCACAACGCCGCCCGCUGUCCCACCAAGGAGUCCUGGAAAUGACUGCAACAGAGAACACUGCCCGCUUCAGCGGUCACACACUGGAUAAAGCAACCAAAGCCAAAGUGACACUGGAGAAUUACUAUAGCAAUCUCAUUGCUCAGCAUAUUGAGCGAAAACAGAGAUUAGCCAAAUUGGAAGAAUCCCUGAAAGAUGACAGCCUUACAGAAGCUCAGAAACAGGAAAAGCGGCAACAGCAUGCGCAGAAGGAGACCGAAUUCUUACGAUUGAAAAGAUCGCGACUUGGUGUUGAAGACUUUGAACCUCUUAAAGUGAUUGGUCGAGGUGCUUUUGGAGAGGUUCGACUUGUACAAAAGAAAGAUACAGGACAUGUGUAUGCAAUGAAAAUACUAAGAAAGGCUGAUAUGUUAGAAAAGGAACAAGUAGCACAUGUGCGUGCAGAGCGGGAUGUGUUAGUUGAAGCAGAUCAUCAGUGGGUUGUGAAAAUGUACUACAGCUUUCAAGAUCCUAUUAAUCUGUACCUUAUUAUGGAGUUCCUUCCAGGAGGUGACAUGAUGACACUUCUUAUGAAGAAGGACACAUUAUCGGAGGAAUGUACCCAGUUUUACAUAGCUGAAACAGCUCUGGCAAUUGAUUCUAUACAUAAACUGGGAUUUAUACACAGGGACAUAAAACCUGACAAUCUCCUGCUGGAUGCUCGUGGGCAUAUAAAGCUCUCUGACUUUGGCCUGUGUACUGGACUCAAAAAAUCUCAUCGAACUGAGUUCUACAGGGACUUGAGUCAGGCAAAACCUUCUGAUUUCACAUCAAGUCCGAUGGACAGUAAGCGUAGAGCAGAGAGUUGGAAGAAAAAUAGGAGAGCAUUGGCUUAUAGUACUGUCGGGACUCCAGAUUAUAUUGCUCCUGAGGUUUUCCUGCAGACAGGCUAUGGGCCAGCCUGUGAUUGGUGGAGCCUGGGUGUUAUUAUGUAUGAAAUGUUAAUUGGAUACCCUCCAUUCUGCAGUGAGAAUCCACAAGAAACAUAUCGUAAGGUAAUGAACUGGAGGGAGACACUAACAUUUCCACCAGAAGUACCGAUCUCAGAAGAAGCUAAGGAAACCAUAGUGAGAUUUUGUUGUGAGGCCGAAAGGCGCCUUGGUUCUCAGCGUGGUAUGGAUGAAUUGAAGCUUGUACCAUUUUUCAAAGGAGUUGAUUGGGAUCAUAUAAGAGAACGGCCUGCAGCAAUUCCAGUUGAAGUGAGGUCCAUUGAUGACACAUCCAACUUUGACGAUUUCCCUGAUGUCAAGCUCGAAAUCCCAGCUGCACCCCUGCCUCAGGAUGGUGAAGUGAUAUACAAGGACUGGGUUUUUAUCAACUAUACAUUCAAGAGAUUUGAAGGACUGACCCAACGGGGUAUUCCAACCAAAAAGUAGUUACUGUGAUAGGUACUUAAAAUGUUGUGCAGCACUUGGAUCAAGUGAUGCUUCCUGUUGUCUCAGAAGAUAAAUUUUGAGAGGGUGCUCCACAGCUCACCCAGUGUACCUUCGUGAAAGUAAAAUAAAUAAAUAAUAAUGAUAACAAUAAAAAUAGUGUAAGUUAUAGUUCCCAGAUGUAAGGUACAACAUAUAAUGACGAGAAAGGCUUGGAGAAAAUUUGUGAUGCAGUCUUGUCCAUUGUGAUAACUAGGUUAGUUACUAUCCACUAAUAUGCACUGGGUACUGAGUGAACAUUUUUAGGAUUAAAACAAAUAGGUAUGUGCAAGAAUAGUUCCCACACACUUGUUACAGUUUUAGAAAAGUGAUAGAAAAGAGAUCACAUACAGUUUUUAAUGAUAUUGAUCAGAAGUAAUUUCUGCAGUGCUUAAGAAACAUUAUAAGUUCUUAUUAUUUUAUUUGUAUAGAUGUGAGGUUUUAAUUUAAUAGUAAAAAUGUGACAAUAGCCAGAGUGUGUGGUUUGAUUGGUUUCAGAACUGAGCUGUGCCAGGUUUUUGGAAAACAUUUAUGUGAAUGGCUCUUGAGUUAAUUGGCACUUCAGCGUCAAACUUCGCUAUUCUGAGACAUCCAUUUACUUGCUUGUUUUGUAUUACAUUUCAUUUAAUAUUAAGAGUCAUAUAAAAUGUGAUAGUUUCUUACACACAGAUUGAUCAAAUAACAAUGUUAUAAAAAUGAGGGAUGCACUCUGGGGAAAACCUAUUAUUUGUUCCCAUUAGGACUUGAAGAAUGUCUGUCACCUGUUUGUUGGGAUUUUAUGGAAAUGUGUAUAAACUAAUGAAAAAACUCUCAAAUCCACUAUCUCACUUGAGUGCCCAUGGAGCCUCUUGAAGAACAGCAUGCUGUAUUUGUAAAUUUGCACUUUGAAACUGAUAAUCUGUUACAUUAAAAUGUACUUUAUCUGGAUGUGUAGUAGUUGUGCAGUGUCUGCUUCAAUUGCAUAUUAGCUUUUCAUUGGUGUUGUGACUAAUGCUUUUGCAGUUAGAACAACAAUAUGCCAGUUUUAAAUAAAUAAAUUAAUGGCAUCAGAGGUUUCAGAUUACUGAUCGGUGAAUUAAAGAUUAUUAGAAGGUCUUACCAUGGCAGUCUCAGAUAAUAUUUUCUGUUUUGCAACAUUUGAAAAUUUGCAGCUGCCUGAAGGCCCAACAGAAAGUAUACAAAUGAAAUUAAGAUUCAGAAAAUGUCCCUCCAAAUAGUUGCUGCAGUUAGGUUCUCUCUCUCUCUCUCUCUCUCUCUCUCUCUCUCUCUCUCUCUCUCUCUCUUUCUCUCUCUCUUGUGUUAUUCUUUCCUUUUCCUCUACUUCUGUGUUUCCCAUCCUAGAAGCUGACAAUGUUAGUGACAUAACACAUUACAGCUUUUUAAAAAAAUUGAUUAACCUAUUUAUUUAUCAUCCAAGAGUGCUUAACUUUUUAAUAAUAGAAGUCACUGACAGUUUUUGGACAGUAAUAAUGUCAAUCUGAGAAGCUUUUGUUAAUUUCAUCCUGUUUCACAUAGGACUCAAAUGUUUUUGAAAUGAUCAUUAUUUCACCAAAAGAAUAUUAAUUUUUGCGUGUACGCACGACAGAAACCUUAAAUUUUAUUCUAAAAUAAUACUGUGUGAUUGAUGGCCUUUCUUUUUUUGUAUUAGAUAUUGAAAGUGUGUGUGUGUGUGUGUGUGUGUGUGUGUGUGUUUGUUUGUUUUCAAGCUCUCUAUUGUAUUAACACUGGGAAACCAGUUACAAGAAUGUGUUGCUAUUCCUUUUACGUGAUUUUGUUUUGAAUAUAAUCAGAAAGUUGAUAAUGUAUUUUUCUCUUUUGUGUUAUUUAUUACUUUUUAUUAUUACCUGUUGUUUGUAAAACCCUUUGUUGUAAAUAUGUAUUUCAAUGUUUCUGUAAAACAGCAGAAUGAAAAAAAUCUGUGACAAAUUAAAGUUGUUGUUUGUGUUUGAAAGUGCCAGUUUUUGUGUCAAUGGUUACUUGACCUUUGUUGCACAGCACCACAUUUUUAUCAUCAAUCUAUAUUCAUUUACACUUUUACAUGGAUGAACAAUGGUAGCUACAUCGAAAAAGUUCUGCCAUUUCCCUUAUUUGUGUUUUCUAAUGUAACUGAAACAUCUACUUUUAUCUGCAAUUGAGAGUGUGUGCGUGUAAAUUGCCCAGUACUUACGAUCUCUUACAUUAUGUUGCUGUGGUAUUGACAGGUUAUUCUAUGCAUCAAUCUCGCAAGUGCAAGAGAAUUAUUAGUUUCAAGCAUCCAUUGACAUGAUCUUUUGGUAAUUUAACAGAUUGUUUUUCUGUCUGUUAUCUACUUUUAUGGCUGUACAAUGUAAUUAAUUAGUCAUUAAUUUGUGUACAAAUUGUGUAUAAUAAGUAUAUAAUAUAUGUGUUGUUUUCCAAAAUUGUUUCAUAAGAGUAUGUGUGUAUAUUUCUCCUCUGUACGUCACGUGUGAGUGGAAAGAGGAAGGGACAACUAGUGGUGAUUUUUGUUUACAUUCAUUGGAAGAGAUAAACAUCAUAAAUUACAACCAAUUACAAGCAAAUACUUUGGAAUCUCAUUUGAUGAUUAUGUUUAAUUUUUCCUUCAACAGUGUUAAAUGUAACUUAAAUUAGUGGCACUAAAAGUAAAUGUGUAGCAAAAAUUUUGCAGAAAAUUAUUUUCAUUGAUUUUUGGAUUUAUUAAAUGAGCUAUGCUGAAUUUUUGUAAACUGUUAUUAAACAGAACCUGUCAACAUGAAAAUUAUAUUUUAUGCUUUUAAUAACUA